AUGAUACUGUUGUCGUCGUACGCCAUACGGAGCAUACGGUACGUGACUCUGGCGCCCGGCGGACAUACCGUCCGAUUGACCACUUUCUCGGUGACGGGCGCUCCCAAUCGGUACCGCCAUUACGACGUCCCCCUCACGAGUGUGUCCUCACACGUGUCCCGCAGUGACGGCGGAGUUAUGCCCAUCAAAGUGAAGGGCAAAUGGUUUUACUAUAUAUUGGACACAAAGAAAGGCCAGUUUCUGAGGCCUAAACUCUUUGACGAGACGGUCGGCACGUUUCGCGUACUUAAGUGA